GACCGGAAAGGGGUGGCGUGCCUUGCCGUGACGCAAUCGUCGUCGGAUUCGUCGCUAUGAUGAGCUCGAUAGCAAGCAAGUUGUAAACAGCGAUGUCAAGCCAUGUCUGAGGACACGGAAAGCCACUCGAAAAUGUUUCGUUGAUACUUCUGUCGCUCGGUGGAUAAGCUGACGUAAUCCGUAAACAUAACAUGGCUACGGGGGGCGGCCAAGCGGCACCCAGAGCCGAAGGACAAGCGUUCAAUUUCAACCAGUCUGGCGCUAGAAGGAACGCAGCUGUCUCCAAUGUUGCGGUCGCCGUAAUCCCAGCGCCGUCUCCCCCGCCGUCAGUGGGCAUGCACAGAGAGCCUGUCUACAACUGGCAAGCUACAAAGAGCUCUGUCAAAGAACGAUUUGCAUUCCUCUUCAAUAACGAGUUGCUUAGUGAUGUAAGGUUUGUUGUGGGUAAGGGCAGACAUGCUCAAAGAAUACCAUCUCACAAAUUCGUGUUGGCUGCUGGAAGUGCCGUUUUUGACGCCAUGUUCAAUGGUGGCAUGGCCACAACAUCCACUGAAAUUGAGCUCCCCGAUGUUGAGCCAGCUGCUUUUCUCGCUUUAUUAAGGUUUCUGUACUCUGACGAGGUCCACAUUGGUCCAGAGACUGUCAUGACUACGCUAUAUACAGCCAAAAAAUAUGCUGUGCGUGCUUUAGAGACACAUUGUGUCGAGUUUCUUACCAAGCACCUCAGGGCUGACAAUGCCUUUAUGCUUCUCACUCAGGCCAGAUUAUUUGACGAGCCUCAACUUGCUAGUAUUUGCCUGGAUACGAUAGAUAAAAGCACUGCUGAUGCCGUAAACGCAGAGGGGUUCACUGACAUCGAUUUAGACACAUUGUGUGCGGUACUGGAGAGAGACACGCUGGGAAUCCGGGAGAGCCGGCUGUUUGGUGCCGUGGUCCGCUGGGCCGACGCCGAGUGCCACAGGCAGCAGCUGCCGCUCACCUCGGAGAACAAACAGAAGGUUCUGGGCAAAGCGCUCACCCUCAUCCGCUUCCCCCUCAUGACUGUGGAGGAGUUUGCGGCCGGGCCUGCCCAGUCUGGGAUAAUGUGCGAUCGGGAGGUGGUAAAUGUCUUUUUACACUUUACAGUAAACCCCAAACCCCGCGUCGACUACAUCGACAGGCCAAGGUGCUGUCUCAGGGGCAAGGAGUGCAGCAUUAAUAGGUUCCAGCAGGUUGAGAGUCGAUGGGGAUACAGUGGAACCAGUGACCGCAUCAGGUUUAAUGUCAAUAGGCGAAUAUCAGUAGUGGGGUUUGGUUUGUACGGAUCAAUACAUGGAUCAACAGAUUACCAAGUCAGCAUACAGAUCAUGGAGAGUGACCGGAAUCACAUGCUUGGACAGAAUGACACAGGAUUUAGCUGUGAUGGAUCAGAUAGCACAUUCAGGGUCAUGUUCAAGGAGCCCAUUGAAAUCUUACCCAAUGUUAGCUACACAGCAUGUGCUACUCUAAAGGGGCCUGAUUCACAUUAUGGAACCAAAGGACUUAAGAAAGUGUCACAUGAUUCAGGAACAGGGACCAAGACGACAUUUUUCUUCUGCAGUUCCCCCGGCAAUAACAAUGGCACCUCCAUAGAGGACGGCCAGAUCCCUGAAAUCAUCUUCUACACCUAAACCACCCAACACUAAACAUUACCCAACAGUGACGACUGUGUGAUCCGAGGCGUCAUAAACUGACACGGAGACUCUCCAGGGAUUGGGCCUGCGGGUUGGGGCAGAUUACGCUGCGCUGGCUUCUUGUGCUACCUGCAUCAUCACACGUGGAAACAUCUCACAAAGCUGACGUAUGCUCGUCCCACAUGGUCACAUCUCGUCUUUAAUGACUCGCGCGUCAACGUCUCCCAGGAGGGAUGCCAAAGUCCCUUUUCAUCUAACACCAGCCGCGAUCCUUAUUUGCGUUCGUGAUUACUAAAGCAAUACGAGCUGAGUGUAUAUCUAUACAUUGUUAUACUGGAGAUAUGUACAGAUUCUAAUGUUUGCCAACUUGAGGUGCUGAGAUUGUUAUUUUCUAUAGGUCGCUGGACGUGUCAUCUUUAGAGCUGAGAAACAGAAAGAAAACACUGCUUGUUAUGUACCUUACAGGGAAGAGGGUAUGAUUUUAGACAUGUCAUUAAAUAAAAUUGAUUGCAGUCAGUGAUUUUGCACCAUUAAUGACAGGGAAUUUUUUUUACAUGGAGUCAUGUACUGUUUCAGUGAAUACUAUUGCAUAUCGUGCAGUUAUGUUAAAUCACAUCUCAGAAUGCUCAAAUUGUUUUGUAAUAUGCACUUCUCUGAAAAACUAUAAGAAGAGCAGUAACAUGAUGUAUGUCUGAUGUGUUGUGGUUUCACUUGACAGUGUAUUGCACUCAUAUAUGUAUUGGUCUAAAUCAUUCACAUUGAACAUAUCUAUAGGUCCAAGGGUUUAAUCUGUCAUGUAUUCAAUCACAUGUAGAAUAAUAAUAUAUUUGAUGUAUCACCAAACCAAAA